CGAACUCGAAAUUGUGGCAAUGCAAAAUUUCAGGAUUUGUUCAAAAUCAGCUCAGCAGCGGAUAUAUAUCCAUGGAUGACAUCAACAAGUAGUCAUGAAGUGUCCACCUCAACGGCAAAGUCCUCAUCGACAAGACAUUCCUUAUUAUCUCAAUCUCAAUCAACACCCGCAAACAAAACAACAACACCCACAACAACAACAACAACUACAACAGAAUCUCCUAAAAUCAUUGACGAAAGACAAUCGCAGCAGCUGACUGAUGAUUGUAAAACGUUACGAGAGAACGGUGCCGAAAAAUCAGGUAUUUAUCGGUUAUGGUUGCCCAAAAUUGGAAGUUUUGAGGCCUACUGUGAUAUGGAGACUGAUGGUGGAGGAUGGACUAUAAUACAACGGUCGGUUGUGAAAACAUUCCUUGUUAUGAAUAAGUAUGAAGACGGUUUCGGAAAUUUAAGUUCGUCCUACUGGCUUGGACUGAAAAAGGUAUUCGUUUCCUCAGUUUUGCCCAAAUUACGUCACAAGUCGAUCACAUUAUCCUCAAUAUUGCUGCGCACGUGCGAUUUGCGUUGUUGGAAGUUCAUGAUGGGAUUUGAGUGGUUUAUAAAUAAUCUGAAUGCAUAA